GCAAGAGCUGUGAAAUAGCUACUGUUAGUUAGAAAAUUACUGCUAUUCCAUAAUCCAGGACUGGACAAGGAAAUCAUGAUGAAGCUGUUUUGUCUGUUGCUGCUGUUAACCAGUUCCACUGCUGUUCUCCCUCUGGAAACUUCAGGUGGAGAUGACAGCCCCACUCUGCCCUCCCUGGCCUUCACCACAGCACCAAACCCAACCGGGGCAAAGUCUCGCUUUGCUAUGCUGGAUGAUGUUCGCCUACUUGCAAACGGCCUCCUUCAGCUAGGCCAGAGUUUACGGGAGUUCGUCCACAAGACCAAGGGCCAAAUCAAUGACAUCUUCCAAAAGUUGAACAUUUUUGACCGUUCUUUCUACCAGCUCUCGGUGGUCACAUCAGAGAUCAAGGAGGAAGAGGAGGAGCUGAAGAAGACAACCAGUUUCUUGAAAGCCAACAAUGAGGAGAUCAAGAACUUGUCACUGGAAAUCAACUCUAAGAUCAACAGCAUCGUGCAGGAGCGUACACAGCUGCAGAGCAAGGUGGGGAGCCUUGAGGAAAGGCUGAAGGGACUGUCGCAGAGCCUGGUCCAUGCUGACCAGCUCAGUGAAAUCACAGCACUUAAGGAGGUGAUUGAAACUCAAGAUAAAACAAUCACAAAUCUACUGAAAGCUGUUAAAGAGCAGCAUGAUCAGCUUGACCACCAGAAAAUGAAGAUUAAAAACCUGGAGGAAAAGCUCAGCUAUGACAGUUUUCAAGAUACAGUCGAUAAGCCAAUGGAUUCAGACCCAACAGCUACAGAUAUGUUUGAAUAUCUGACAGGAAACUCAACUGGCCUGGACAGAAAUGAUAUCCCCAUGGACUGCAGCGAGCUAUUUGACAGAGAAGAGGCCAACAGUGGAAUUUAUGUUAUCAAGCCAAACCAAUCUGAGCCUUUCAAUGUUUAUUGUGAAAUGGGUUCAGAUGGAGGUUCAACUGUCAUCCAACGCAGGGUUGAUGGUUCAGUGGACUUUGACCAGACAUGGGAAAAUUAUGAGAAAGGCUUUGGAGAUCUGGAGAAGGACUUCUGGCUGGGCUUAAAGAAGAUCCACAGCCUUACACAACAGGGAGUUUACAUCCUGCGUAUUGAUGUGGAGGACUGGAAGGAGGAGAAGCAUUGGGCUGAGUACCGUUUCUCUCUGGAAGGUCCAUCCAACCAUUACACCCUUCAUCUCAGCAACUUCUCCGGUGACCUGGCUGAUGCCAUGGCCAAUAGCACCGGCAUGAGCUUCUUCACAAAAGACAGAAAUGAUGAUACCAAACGAAACUGCGCUCGCAAUUACACAGGUGGUUGGUGGUUCAGCGGCUGUGGAGAGACCAAUCUUAAUGGAAGGUAUUUGUGGUUGAGGGCAAGGGGACGCUCUGUGAGAAGGAAGGGCAUUUACUGGAAGCCUGGCAAUGGGCCCCUGUAUUCUCUCAAGAUGACCAAGAUCACCAUUCGACCAGCCCGUACUACUGAAGGCUUCAACUGAACCUCAGAACUCAUACCUUC